AUGGAGUUUGGAACAUUACCAUCCACCUGCGGUGUUGAUGCGUUCGAAAGCGAGUUGGACUAUGAAUACAUGUUAGGGAGCACUAUCAUCCAUGUGUUCUGUGCGCGAUCUACACUGAGAUACUGGAGUGCUGCAAUGGUUUCUAGUGUAGCGUUGGGUGUGUGGAAGAGCCGUCUGAGUGUUUGGGUGCACCGUUGGAACCACUGCACAAGGUUCCAAAAGCUACGUACCGCAUUGUGGUGUGCGAUUUUCAUGGCUUGCUACGUGCUUCAGUGGGCGUAUUAUGCCACUUUACCCACGUCAAUAGCAGUAAGUAAAGGCUCUCUUUCCAGUUUACAUUCUGGUCAGGGAGCCUUACAGAAGGGUGAUAUUUUUAUGUGGUACGCAUCUACUGUUAAGGCUGCAGCAAGCGCUAUUCAAGUAUUUAUACUUUUAGUAACCUGCUUUCAACAUAUUGUUGGAUACCCUCUUCUCACACGAUGGAUGUCUAGGGUAGGGCACACUACACAUGGCCUUGAGGACACCCUGAUGGACCCUAGUUCUAUAGAGUUCGAUCUGGCGUGUCGCUAUGUUUGCAUGUUCUUUACCGCAUUUUUGUUCUGGUUGUACUCUCCACGUGAUAUGCCGUUGGUGGUGCAGAUUCUUGUUCUUGCUUCGAUUUUCAUUACGCUCAGAAGAAGAAGUAGCCUUCACGCGUACCAACGGAUCCUCACUCAACUACAUGAUACUUCAGCAUCGGUUGAACAGGCUUGCGGUAUAUGCCUGGACGACUUUUCGGAGGGCGAACGAGUAAAGCGACUGCCUUGUGGUCACCUUUUUCACGGCCGGUGCGUGCGGCAUUGGUUACACAUGCACAACGAUUGCCCUAUGUGCCGCCGGCGUGUGUACACACCGGUGGGCCUGCCCUUGUACCGCGAAUCGUCACCGCGGCGUGAGGUCAUAAACCCUCUUAUUGCGCCCCGGGAUGUUUCACCUUUAUUGAAUGAAGAGGAUGCUAUUAUAGGGUCUGAACAGCCCCCAUCUCAUCCGUUGCCACAGCGUGAGGCCUUUGAGUCAGUGCCGGCAAUAUCCCCGACUGCGGCCCCAAACAGUCGUUUGAACACGGCCUCGUGUCCGGUAGAGCCGCGACCGAACGCGCCUGCCGUCUUAGAGGACGUCGUACGAGAGAUAGAAUCGAGGCUUUCUUUUGCCACACAGCGCCGGCAGCAAGUCUUAGAAAUAUACCAAGCACUGUCCUGUGAGUCCGAUGUCCCGGCUAUAAAUCGCGAAUACGUCCGGGAGUGUGAACACGAGAUAGAUGAGGGUGAUGACUUGUUUCAAGAUGAGCCACUACAGCUCAAGCCUCUGCGUCAGUCACCGGAACGAAAGCGAGCUCGUUCUAGAACAGAUUCUAGCUCCUGUUCUCCUUUAGACGAAGAACCCCGUGAAGUUCAGAGGAGAAAUACAAGGGAUACAUUAAAGUAG